AUGAUUUACAGUUUACACUCCAUGUUCAAAAAAGGCUCGAUGGACUAUAUAGAGUUUAGAGUUAUAGACUCCUCUGGUUUACCCUUCUUCAUCAUAUCAUAAUCAUAUAUUCCAAUACCAUUACGGCAUUACCAUUACCAUACACACACACACACUCUCUCUCUCUCUCUCUUUCUAACUUUUAUUCUCUCUCCUAUUCUGCAUUUCUUGUUUUGAUUCGUAUUUUCCUGGUACAUAUUAAUCUGUCCAAACCUCCCUUAACCCUUUUUCAACAAAGCAUUAUUCCAUUUCUUCUUGGCUCUCGUUCUUUUCCCCACAACCAUUUCUCUCUCUGUCUCUCUCUCAACUUUCAACUCUCACCAUUCUUUUUAGUUUCUGGUUUGAUCAGCAUAGCCCUCAAAAGGCUAUACAAAUAUGAAGAAGAUUGUUUUGAAGCUGGAAUUAGAAGAUGACAAAGCCAAGCAGAAGGCCUUGAAGACUGUCUCUACUCUUUCAGGGAUUGAUUCGAUUGCAAUGGACAUGAAGGAUAAGAAACUAACGGUCAUAGGAACCGUGGAUCCCGUAAAUAUAGUGAGCAAACUGCGCAAAUAUUGGGCAUCAACAAGUAUGAUCUCAGUUGGGCCAGCAGAGGAACCUAAGAAGAAAGAAGAGCCGAAGAAGGAGGAACCCAAGGCCGAGGAAGCAAAGAAAGAGGAACCCAAGAAGGAGGAAGCUAAGAAAGAAGAAGAGAAAAAAGAAGAACCCAAGAAAGAAGAAGAGAAGAAAGAGGAAAAGAAAGGAGAAGAGAAGAAAGAGGAAAAGAAAGAAGAAGAGAAAAAGAAAGAAGCACCUCCACCAGACCCUGUUUUAGAGCUUGUUAAGGCUUACAAAGCAUAUAAUCCCCAACUCGCCGCAUAUAAUCCCCACCUCGCCGCACAUAAUCCAUUCCAAACCUCAUAUUACUACGUCCAACCAAUGGAGGAGAAUCCAAAUGCUUGUGCUAUUUUAUAAUUAAUGGGCUACCAAAAACUGAGUGAAAAGAUUAAAUCUUUUCUUUGUUGGUAUAGGAGGCAAACACCCAAGAUUGGUAAGAGCUCUUGUACAUAAAGAUGGUGAUGCUUCAUUGGUAUGCUUAGAAAUUAAUAAUGCGUAGAAAUAAGUUUUGGAAUAUGUUUUGAACACUAUAGUAUCUAUAUUUUUGGCACGUAAUGCUUUUUUCUGGAAGUGUUACCUAGCUAAACUUUUUUCUCUUUUUUACUUUCCCCGUAUGAAAAGCCUUUUAUUUUCAAGGGCCGUGCCUAUGAGGACGAUGCUGUGGGACAAGGCAGCUGACAAGGAACUGAGUAAGAGCACACUCACGGGUUUGAGAUUGAGAGCUCUCUUUAAAAUGUGUCAAGUUGUUUUUUUUUUUUUCACAUCUCGUGUCUUUCACUGUGUUUUAUGCUACUAUUUGAAAUAAAAAGUGAUGGUUCUCAUA